CAGAGUACAGCAUAACUUCGCUUGGCUACUGAAUCUUGGAUCGCUGCUAUUGCUUCUCUACGUUCUUCACUUCACACUUUAAAGAAACAAGUCUUAUCACUGUCGACUUCUGUAAAUUGUGACGAGUCUCGGUAAAAUCACUUCGCUCUAUAACUGCGCGAUGGAAGAAUGUCCACUUGGAGCCCUAGACUCCAUCAGUGUAGAAACAUGGCUAUUGGAGCUGCGUAUGGAGUGCUACAGACGCCAACUUGAAGACUUCCCUAAUCUCAAGAGUGUUGUUAACUUUAAAGAUGUUGAUCUAAAGAAGCUUGGAAUACAAAAUGCUAAGGAUAGAGCCACAAUGAUUGGCAGUCUGAGCAAUUAUCGUUCCCACAUGAAGUCAGAAGGUAUCAAUAAAAGAGUUCAGUCUGCUUCUUCAAGCCAUGAUCACCACCACAUAGGGGCUCUCAUUAAAAAAGGAUCUGCAUUAAAUAUUAAAAAGUUAAAAGGUCUACUUGGAGGCAGUGGUGGUAGUAAAGGACAACAAAAGGUCAAAAAAGGGCAAGAUGUGCAGACUUCGCCAUCAUCUGAGGAAAAAUUCUUGCACACGAUACCAGAAAUAAAAACAAAUGUGGAAGACUUUUCACGUAGUUUACCCAGCCAGGCAGCAGCAGCAUGUUUUGAGGAUUUAAUUCAAGGAACGACUCAGAAACCGUAUGCCGUUGAAAAUGAUUACGUUCCAGAUCCACGAGGAAGUCCACAGAUGCCUCGACAUUACCCACUUCAAAGAUCAUACACAGUUAGUGAGCAAGCACCAUUUCAUAAAGAUGCAUUGUUGAGGCCCAGUCAUCCACGAGCACAAACUAUGUCUAACCAAGCAGCACGGUCUCAUUGUGACCACUUUUCACUUCAAGUACAAGAACCAUUUCAUGGCAUUAUGGAUGACGAUGGUAAUCCUAACAAGCAUCUUUCUAUAGUAUCGAUGGAAUCAGGUUUGGGGUUGACCUGUGAUACAGAUGAGAGAGAUGACUUCAGUCGUUCUUUACCUCUUGAGCAACAACCAUGGUUUUAUGGUCCAAUGGCACGUGGGCAGGUUGAAUCUCUUUUAGAUCAGGAUGGCGACUUUUUGGUGAUUGAAGAUACCAUCACUCGUGGAAGCUACAUACUCUCUUUGCUCUGGGAAGGCCGAAUCUUUCAUGUACAAAUCAACUGCAAUGAAAUAGUCGUAAAAAAUUUACGAGGGGCUGAAAAAACUGGUCAAAAGUAUCAGUUUGGAAAUGGUGCCUUUGACAGUGUCCCUGAGUUGAUUUUUAAUCAUCUUCGUUACAGGAUACCAUUGAGUACAGACUUUGAUGGUGUUCUUAUUAAUCCCAUAUGUCAUGAUAUUAGUUCCACUGAAUAUGAAAGUUCUUUACUUCGACCCUAUGGCACGCUACCAAGAAAUUUUGGUCGCUCAAUUGACUCCAAUCUUGAUCAUGCAAUGGCAAAUGCUGAUUAUUACACAAUGGUUCACAACAAGCGUGCUAGUUUUAGAGCCACAAGAUCAGCAUCCUUUAGUCCUUGUGAUUCUCCUCGUCAUAGCCCGGUUCGUGACACAAUUAGCACUCCUAAAGCUAGCCUACUUAAUCAGACCAGUUAUUCCAGCUCUAACCUACUGGGAGACAUGGUAGAUGAAGAUGAAAUGAGUGAUAUGGCAAUGGCAUCUCUUUAUAGAGAUGCCCCCUCAUCACCGGCCACCAUUUACAAUGAAGUUGAUGGAAAAGCUUCGUCACAUAUUCCUGAUGUGGUAAGACCAAGAACGAUUGAUCCAUACAGUACGUAUGACAUACCUGUUCCUAGCAAGAAAGCUAUGGAAAUGCAGCAAUCACCUUCAUCUCAUACAUCUUCUCGUGAAAAGUAUGAUCAGGAAGAUUAUGAGGUUAUGGAGAGUGUCUCAAUUCGUAGCACAUUACCCCCUUCGCCUAAUUUGGCACGCUCAGCAAAUCAUAGAAGCAAAUCACCAUCUUUAGACAUCCACUAUAGCACUGUCACUCCAAAAUCACUUCGGCAUGAGCGCAGUGUCCCAGUUCUGGGUAAAAAUGCUGGAGUUAAGUAUGCAGAGAUUACAUUUAAACGUUCUAUGAGCAGUGCUGCUCAUGCUGAUGUUUUGGAAAGAGCAAGAGCACAAACAGUGACAUAUGCUACACCACGUAUUGUGCAGGAGAAUAUACCUACUCCCUGUAAAACCCCUCCACCUCAUCCUUUCUCCACAUACUCCCAGUUGUCUUUUUCCUCACUUUCCUCUUCAAAAAAUACAAGGUUGUCACCCUCUAGUACACCUUCUUCAACAAAGCACUCAAGAAGGUCUCAUGGCUCUCGUCCCUCUUCAGAAUCACCAUAUUCGUCUCGUCCAACGAGUAUAAUUUCAGGGAAGAAUAUCAAACCUCCUCAAGCAAUAGCAGAAAUACCUUCCUUUCUAAAAGAGUUUUCAAACGAUGAAGUUGCCAUGCAUUUAACCCAGGCAGAUGCAGUGUGUUUUCUACUUGCUCCUCGACCAGGAGAGGAUUAUGAUCUCUGGAUGAAUAGAGUGCAAGAACUCAACACUGAUGGUGUUUUUGUCGGACUUGAAGUUUUAGCAUCCCAGUCUGGUGAGAAAUUGUGGAAGAAGCUCUUCUAUAGACAUCUUGGACUUUCCCAGCUUGUAAUAGUCAAUCUGUUGCAUACUAGUGAUGUGAUUGAGAGGGCUAAGAUGCUGAAACGAUGGAUAGAAAUAGCUGAGCUCUUACAAAGUGGAAAGUGUGGGAACUUAUUUUCAUUUAUGGCAAUAAUGAAAGGUCUGGAGUCCACCCAGGUUAUUGAUAUGAAGAGAACAUGGGGUGUUCUUAAGACUCACUACACUGACACUCAUACAACCUAUCAAGACACAUUAAAGGGAAUGAUAUCUGCCUUGUCAGAAGGAGCUAGCAUUUAUGACAUAGAGCAGCUUGUCAUACCAGCCAUACAGCAUCUUCGUAAGCUCUAUACUGAAGACUCAAACUCUCAGCAAGACAUGCGCCUCAUUUUGGAAGAUUUUACAACCCGUACUGUGGGACUUGAUGGUCUACACAGUAUUGUUGCUCACACUGCUGAUCUGUCACUUAAUGCUAAAAGAAAGCUUGGGUCCUACACAUAUGAACCAGUACUGUUUGACUUUUUAAUGCAAGAUUGCGCUCGAAUGCAUUUACAGAAUAUGGGAACAUCUUCUGAUGACCCUCUUGAAAGGUAUCGAAGAUUCAACAUUGUUUUAGAUGCACUUUUAUCAAAAAUUGACAAUCCUUGACUUAUACAAAAUUACAAAUAGCAAAAUAUCAAGCAUUAUCAUUAUUGUGAACUAGUUACUCAUUCGUGUAUCAUAGUUAACUUGUGUAUUGAUUAUUUUAUUGUGGUAUCAAGUAUUUAAUAAUAAUAAUAAUAAUAAACAGCACACACACCAUUGAUUAAUAACAACGAACACCA